GAAAAUCAAAUUAACAGUCAUCUUCAUCUUGCAGUUAUGCAGGCGGGGUUUGCUUUCCUCGAGGCCGGCUCAGUGAGAUCAAAAAACACAACAAACAUCCUCAUCAAGAACGUCUUGGAUGUCUGUAAGUAGUUUAUUUGUCAGUGGUGAUUUUUGAACAGAAAAAAAGCAGCUACCUUUUUUAAAAAAAGUCAUAUUAGAUUUAAAAAGUCUGAUAUGCCACCACAGUCACUACAAGAGUAACUAAAUAAGCUACUCCCGAGUUGCCCAUGCAACCCUUUGUUUCAAAACGAGGCUAAGUGCAAAACCUCUGAUAUGAAAAUUACCGGUAUGUCUUUUUUUCCUAACCAAUGAAACCCCUUUUCACAAGAAAAGUUUUGCACUUGGCCUCGCUUUGAAAGUGAGAUUUCUGGAACUCGGAAAUGGCCUAUUUAGAUCAUAAUACAACGGGGAUUAUUGUUAGUGUUGUUGUUGUUGUUAUUAUUAUUAUUAUUAUUAUUAUUUUUACACAGCCCUAUGAUAAAUUCUUUCAGAUGAGUGUCAAGGAAAACGUUCGUAAAUGAAAGUGAUGAAUGUUUCUUAAACAAGUUCUUUUUCAUUUUUACAGUCUUGGGUGCCAUCGUUUACUGGCUGUUCGGCUACGCGUUUGCCUUUGGAGCAGAUGGCAAUGGUUUCAUCGGUCACGAAUAUUUUGCUCUGGCUUACUUACCAUCUAGGACGUUCUUUCAUUGGUUUUUCCAUUUUGUGUUUGCGGCUACAGCGGCAACUAUUGUCAGCGGUGCUAUGGCUGAGAGAACUGAGUUCAAGGCUUACCUCGUGUACUCUGUAUUUCUGACUGGUCAGUUAUAGUCAUGUUACUACACGUACGAACCAAUACAUAGCUUAAAGAUAAACGUGCACUGGUCGGUGUAUUACGAAGAGCAUAACAAGAGGAAAACAUUAGUUUUAGUUUCGCGUAGGGAUGUCUUGAAACGUUCCGGGCCAAAUUGUAAGAAAAGUCAAGCAUGUGAUUGUUAGUAAGGGGUUUGAAGUCAAGACCGUUGAAUGCAAAUGAAGACAAAUUAAAGACCCAUUCACAGGGUUAGUCUCCAACUAAGCAGAGAACAUGAUCAUCCAUUUGCAGCUUUGAGAAAACCCGGCUUUACAAUAGCGUGUUCGAUCUAGGUGCUGAACAAAUAUUUCAAUGAAUUAUCAUGUUUGCAAACAUUUCUUUCACGUCGCAUCAAAUACAACAGUGAGUGAAUAAGAAAAAAUUGCCUUAUUUCUAAUUAAAUCCCGCUUUCUUUAAUUUGUAACCACCCCCUCUCCCCCGGAACUGCACUUCUUAAACCAGGCUCACGUAAAAGGAAAAGAAAUGUACGCCAACUCAAUUUUUAUUUUUGAAGGUUUCCUGUACCCGAUAGUCGCUCACUGGGCCUGGGAUGGUAACGGCUGGCUGUACAAAGGCGUGACAUACGAUGACGGAGGAGCCAUCACUUACCAGGUAAGCCUUUCAUAGCACUUCAAUGAUCGGUUACAAAUUUCUCCCCGGCUUAUCAAUGCCUAAUUAAUCAGUUCAACAAUGAGCAUAUAAAGUCGAUGUUACCUAACGAAAUUCACAUAAAACGAAUUUGGACUCUACUGUUGAGGAAGAAGGCUGAUUCCUGACCAAACGGCUGCGCAGAAACUAAUCCGGUGUAUGUGUCCUCUGGUUGGGAAAAACACGAAAUUAAAAACGCUAUUGGAGCGAGAGAGAAAAUUUCGGAGGAGACAAGACUCGGGAAUGCUUUUCCUCUCCCUGUAAUCUUCCCCCUCACACCUUGUUUUACCGAACUUUCUUGAUUCCUCCCCCACGCUAUCCUAUAUUUGACAGCUUAUUUUUCGGGAUAAUAUAUUGCAAUGCAGGUUAAGGGCAGCAAUCGAAAAUGCCGAAUGCGCACGUCCUAAGAUCUAUAAGCAGCAGAACUGACACUACUUACAUAAAACAUAGACUUUGCAAGACGUCAACAAUGAUGACAGAAAAAACUUCUACAAAACACAGUUGUAGCCGUAGUGACUUUAAGUGACCGAUUGAGGGGUUGGUCCAUGGGUCCUGGGAGUCUGUCCUGUGUACUUUGCCAGAUCCUGUAAAAGCUAAGCCGUCUUUAGGGCGACUUUCCCCGGUGCCCCGUUGAUGAGAGACUUGUACAAGUGCUGUGGGCACUGCGCCAACUUUAUCCCCUGUCACCUUGCAAGAUCCUCCAACCCCGAUCCAAUACCUUCCUGUAGGAGCUAAGCCGUCUUUGGGGCGACAUCUUCCGGGGGCAUAUCCGUGGUAGACUUGUUCUAGUGCUGUCGACACUGCGCCACCCUUACCCACUCUCUCUUUGCAAGGUCCUCUCCCCCCCCUCCCCAACUCCUCCCGAUCCGCUUCGUUUAUUGCAGUUGAGAACAUCUCUUUUGCGUCUCUAUAGGACUUUGCUGGAAGUGGCGUUGUUCAUGCAGUCGGUGGGACGGUUGCCUUGGUAGGUGCAGCUAUUGUUGGUCCAAGAAUUGGUCGAUUUGUUAACGGAGAACCUCAGCUGUUGUCUGGCCAUACCGUACCGGUAAGUCGAUACUAGUCCCAGUUCCUUUCCUCUUAAAAUAAGCGCCCGUCCAUUUUCUGACGGAAAAGCCUUAGGGACAUAGUUGUAUUUCAAGGAAACAGAUGACGUUUUGUCUGAGGAGCCACUCAUAGCGAAUGAUGACCCAUAAAACUUACGAAUGGAGUUCUCUAUGAAUGAGUCUGUACAGCUGAAGUUUUAAAGCUGGCAAACAUGGCAAUACUUAAGAUUCCAUCAAUAGGCUGAAACCUAAAAUCACUUCUAACACAGCACACUGACAACAAAGAUAGGGAAGUGCAGAUUCUGAGUACAAUUUAAAUCAAGGAUAAGGAGUUAAACUCUGCUUUUGCCUGAAUCAAAGAUAAAGAACAUGUACGCAUUGUAGUCGUUACGUUUCUCGUUUUGUUGCUUUACUAGUUUUAAAAAUAAGAUUUAGCAUAAUCACACUUCAGUUUUGGAAGAAAAUACUCAUAUCACAACUGGAGCGGAGCCCAUAACCCAAUGGGCUCCUGACGUGGAGGAAUUAGUCAUUAUUGUUUUGUUUCCUUGGUUACAGCAAGCUGCCUUGGGUGGAUUCAUUUUGUUCUUUGGUUUCUUGGCAUUCAAUGGCGGUUCCCAAGCAGCCAUCGCUAGCGCAGGAGAUGCUGACAUCGUCGCACUGGCCAUUGUUAAUACCGUUAUCGGAGGUGAGCUUUCAGUUCAAUACUUUUUUUUUGCGCAUGCUCAUUUAGGACCACGUUUUUAUUGGCCAUCUUGAGGCCGCGCAUGAGUACUGGGUCGGUUUGUGUUGAAUUGCACUGUGGGACUGUUUUGGGAGAUGAAUUUUGACCCAGGUUCCCGCGCAACCUUGUAAUAGCCAAUAAGAGAAGUUAUAGCCUCCACAAAACAGUGCUAAGGUGCAGUUUGACACAACACCCAUCCCAGUCGUAUACGUAACCUCAAAAUUGGUGGUAAGCGCCCUUCUCUCUCCACUCUAAGGUACAGAAAAGAAUACAAGACACCUCAAUUUGCAGCCUCCUCUAUUGUAAAGCCUCUGAUUACUUUAGAAAUAAAAAAAAAUAUUAGUGAGAAACCGCUUUCAAUUUGUAAAACUAAGAGGCACCCCACAUCCUCCAACUUAGUUUCUCUUAAAAUUGCGGAAAUCUUGACUCGUGAGCGUUGUAUGUCUGUUAUGGCAGCCACUCUCUUUGUUUCACAGUACGAUACUUAAGGUAAGCCUGAAUAAGCAUCCUUAACAAUCAAUAAUGAACUCGGGGAAAAGACCGUAACUCUUACUGUUUUCGCCAAAAUGUGUUAUCGACAUCCCCUUCUCAUUGCUCUUAAGCAUGGUAUUCUCUUAAAAUUGCAAUAACGAUUGAUCGCCGCCGAAGCUAGCGCUUUGCAUCCCUAUCCUCAGAAAUCCCUUCUAGACACUAUGCGUCCAGUUUGUUUUUCCAAGCGCAGGUGAUAACAGGUCAAUUAUGAAACAGAUCUCGGCCUUUAUUGGUCGGAUCGGUUUUUAAUCGAAAGCGUGUCGAAUGCGUCCCGCGAGUUAAGCGCCUUUAACGCAUUACUCCUCAUCUUCCUUCCGAACCUAGUGUAAAGGCAUGGCAAUGUUAGCGAACAGGAUGCCCAUAUAUAAACAUCACAGUUUUUGACUAAUCCUAGGCUUUAAUUCCUCUUUUUAAUCCCAUGUAAGGGAAUCCAAGACAGACUUGCAUUCUGGAUUACACAUUGUGGAUUCCGGAGUCCAGGUACUGAAUUCUGAAUUCUUUGUCAAUGGUUCUUGGAUUCAGGAUUCCAGUCGUUAGUGGAAUUCCGAAUUCCAAAGCCCAUGAUUCCGGAUUCCACAAGCAAACAUUUUCCGGAUUCAGGAUUCCACAAGCAAAGGUUUUUCGGAUUCAGGAUUCUGGAUUCUCUUACAUAGGAUGAUCUUUCGUUCAUUGUGGAAAUCGUUACCUUCUGUACAACAAUCCUCUUAAAUCCAGCUGCAGUUACUGUCUACAUUUAUUCUUUUUUUCCAUUUUCAUUGCGUAAAUAAAUCACCAAUGUCUAUCGUUAACAUGAUAAGUGCAUUCACAGUCUCUUUAUGCGGGAAGCCAAUGACUUAAUCAACUUAGAAAAAUAAUCCAAACUUUGUGUAUUUGGAUAAUUGAUGAGGUUGAAGAAUGAUUCCUUUUUAUUGCAUUUUAGGAGCCGCUGGUGCCAUCACUGCCAUGAUUAUCAAGCGUUUGGGAUAUGCAGAAAAGUACUGGAGUUUGUUGUUUACAAUCAAUGGAGGACUGACUGGAAUGGUGAGAAAGAGAAUCAGAAUCAGCUUUUUUGGCAGGUUUCAGUUUGGAUUGCUGUUUUUUGUGAUUGGUUGACAUAUUUCGCGCCAUGAAUAAGAUCAUCCCGGCAAAACUAGUCGUGACUUCAGUGCGCGCGUUGAACGCACGUGCGUUUUCUCGCGCUGCGUACGAGUCGUCCUCGCGCAUUUAUUUCGAGUUGGUAUUGUAUUAUAGCCGUAGUUAGUCUUUACAAAAGAGAAUGAGCUUAUUAUCUUUUUGUUUGUAGCUGUUUGUAUAGUGAACAGAGCCGAAUUACCUCUCUAAAAAACCUUUCAAUGAAACUGGUAUGAUUUGCUGCAUACUUUGUUAGCUUCACUUGAGUGCUGUCUCCACUCAGUUGUCGCCAUGCAAAUGUUCGGGUAGCUAGUACAAAAAAACGAUAAAAACACGUUAGAGUGAGGUCUUGCUUUUGCCCAGCCUAGUCCCUAGGCGUUCUCGGCUGGGUCAAUCUUGGACUCUACCUGAGCUGUGACGUCACCGAGAGAUGCACGCGGACAACGGGGCAAGAGAGAACGCCUAGGGACUAGGCUGGCUUUUGCCUUGAUUGGUGGAGACUGAGGUGGCUUAAGCUAAUUAUGGCAGCAAAGCUCACUGCAAAAAAAACAAACAAACAAACAAACACGACAUCUUUUUAAUGAAGCCACUCUCGAUUCGAUCGUUAUUUUGUAGGUUGCUUUGUGCGCAGGUUGCAACGUUGUUCAUCCCUACGCUGCUUUUGUCAUUGGUAUUAUCGCCGGAAUCGCCUAUGUUGCAUGGAGUACACUUGUCGUCAAGCUAAAGAUCGAUGAUCCACUAGACGCUGUAGCAGGUAAGAAAAACAGCAAAGAUGAUGAGUAGAUAUUGGAUUCGGUUUUGGUAUGAUAUGAAGAAUUAAGCAGAUCCCGAUGGAUGUUAUACGCCUCGGUCUAUCUGCAUAAUGCAUCAGUCAGUUCAAACUCCCCCGACCCCUGCGACUUGGCGGGGAAUUUAAGAUUGCCGCGUGUUAAAUCACCGCUAAUUUCCCGGCUCCCCAGGGCCAAAUAGUUUGUUACAGGCCCCGUACAGCGGGGCAUCAGUAGGUCAUGAACCAUUAACCACGACUCAGUUCGGAUUUACAGUAUCCUUAAGACCUGAAACAGUGCCAUGGAACUAAUUCUGCUUAUUUUGAAAAUGGCUUCUGGUUAUCUCCUGACCACCUUCCUUUACGAGAGGUGCACAGCAAAUCGGAGCCGCACGAUGUUCACAUGGUGAUGUGCAUGUCCAAAUGUUGUUGCCUUUAUUCGAACAGUUACUGAGUUUAUACCUCCCUAUACGUGCAUGCACUUACAUUUCCGUUUUCCGUGUACCUAUGAAAAUACCUGUCACUUUAUCAGAACACUGCAUACACUCAGCUGCUUCGGCUCCUGCUGCUAUAGGUUAGUCUUGUCAUUGCAAGGGCCACUUUUCGAAUACUCUUCACAGCCCAAUUUUUAGCAGAAUCUCAUCAAACUGAAUCAGUGAAAGAGAUAUUUAUAGUAAAAUAUUUCGUAAUCGCCUUCUCUUUCUUUCGUUUUUGCACAGUUCAUCUCGGUGGUGGAAUCUGGGGAGUUUUGUCUGCGCCCAUCUUUAACAAGGAUUCCGGAAUCCUGUACGAUGGUGGCUUGCUGUCAUUCCGUGGAUUUGGCUGGAACCUGUUGGGUGUGAUUGUCAUCAUGAUCUGGUCAGGUUCUUUGGCUUUUAUCCUGUUUCUCGCAAUGAAUCUUAUUGGGGUACUCCGUGUUGACAAAGACAUUGAAUUGAAAGGUAAGUUAUAAUCCUGGUCAAAGAAAUUUUACAUGAAGAUAAAGAGAGGAGGCUAUUAGUAUAAGUAGUCAUGCGACUUCGGGUUCAAUUUAACAUCUAUUUGCAAGAGAGUGUGUUAUUCAAAAAGUACAGUAUCAACAUUUGAGCUUUUUGAAAAACACAUGAGGGCAAAUAAAUUCCCAAUUUUAAUGAGAAAAAUAGUAUCUUACUCUUUAGUGAUAAACGUGAAAGAAUUUACUGGAUCAAAAUUCGUUCCCUAAACAAUGCUACAGUAUAAUUCGAUCAAAACAACACGGAUUAGUAUCAUUCGCAACCUAGCUCAAACGGCCAAAAAAAGAUUGCGCACCCGAUUGGUUCUUAUGCAUUUCUUUUGUUUGUCAACCCCUCACAGUGCUCCAUCCUCUGAGAUAUUUGUCUUAUUUUCUUGUUUUUGCACUGUUUACUAAAACCCGCGUUGCUAAAUCACAGUACUUGAAACUAAAAUGAUGCAAUGAUUGCCUCAGGUCUCGAUAUUCCCAAGCACGGUGAGCCCGCAUACCCAUUGGAAAGUUACGGAGAUGGAUGGACCGAGAAGCCAGUCCCAUUAAAGACAAUUCCGUUCGUACACAAGUCCACUUCUCAGCUUAAUUUGGCUCACCUUCAGAAUGGCUCUUCAAACCCCAAGGAAAAAGGAAUAGACAAUCCCACUGUGAUCGUGCCCGUGGAAUCUCCCAGCACAAACACAGAUACGGCAUUUUAA